AGCUGUCCUCUGACUACUACAAAUGUGCCGUGGCGUGGGUGCAUCACACUCUUGUGUGCACACACUCACAAAUAAACAAGUUAAAAGGGACAAAUAUUAUAGGAUGUUGUCAGGGUUUCUGUUCUGCCUGGUUCCCACAAUCGUUAAGUCCCAAAGAGAUCACACAGAGGUCUACAUUAGUUAUAAACUGAUUGGCCUAUUAGCUCAGGCUUCUUCUUAACUCUUAUAACUUAUAUUAGCCCAUUAUUCUAGUAUAUGUUAGCCACAUGGUUUGGUACCUUUUUCAGCAAGGCAGUCACAUCUUGCUUCUUUUGUGUCUAGGCCCGGACGCUGUCCUCUUCCCAGAAUUCUCCUGUUCUCCUUGACCCACCCUCCUCUACUUCCUAUCUGGUUGUCCUGCCUAUACUUCCUGCCAAUAAGCAUUUAUUUAAAAUAUAAUAGGCAGAAUACAGACCACGGUUCCACACCAAUAGGACUUUACCUAUAUGAGAUAUUUCAACUGCAUUGGGGGCUGGGGGGACAGUGAAGAUUUCCUCUGGUAGGUAUCCUAAUGUUGGCAGAGUGUAGAGAAAGUGCACACCCCAGCUUCCUCCUCCCGUUGUUUACAGCCUAGCAUGCUCCCUACUGAGACUUCAUACCAAGAUGAGCUGGACCUUGCGUCCUUUUCUGGCUGCGGAUCGAAAACCUGCCUCCUUAUUCAGCUGUGUCCAAAGAACUCCUGCCCCAGUUCGGUUUCCUGGGUUAGUACUAGGUGCCCUGUUAUCCCAGAGAGCCUGGGCUCCCCAACUGCAGGCUUGCUGUACGUGUGUCUGUGGUUUCUGUAUCCCGUGUCACCUCACUCAGGUUCCUUGAACCCAACUCCUGCAGGGUGCAGCAAAUAAGAAAUAAUUAUCUCCAACCGAAAUGUAACAGAUUUUCAUGUUUUUUCUGUGCAUGCUACGUUUUCCACCCUUUGAACUUGUAAUAAUAUUGUAACAAACAUUGUCUUCUGCUCUCAGUAGAAUGUCAGACCUAUGAAGACAGGAACUUUAAAGUCUUAAUUCACUGCUGUGUUUCCAGAGCCUAAAAUAAGUGCUUAACACACAGAAGAAAUCCAAUAACUUUUAUUUAUUUAUUUAUUUAUUUAUUUAUUUAUUUAUUUUUGAGACAGGGUUUCUCUAUGUAGCUCUGGCUGGCCUGGAACCCACUCUCUAGACCAGGCUGGCAUCGAACUCACAGAGAUCCACCUGCCUCUGCCUCCUGGCUGCUGGAACUAAAGACAUGUACCAUCAUGCCCAGCUAAAGAUUUUACUUUCUAAAGUAUGUGUAUGUCUGUGUUUCUCUGUGUAACAGCCCUGGCUAUCCUGGAACUCACUCUGUAAACCAGGCUGGCCUGAAACUCCACCUGCCUCUACCUCCCAGGUGUUGGGAUUAAAGGCGUGCACCACCACAGUCUGGCUCCUUGUAGCAUUUUUAUAUCUUUACUGGUUUAAAGUUUUUCCCCAAAGGUGGCGUUUGAGCUGGAAGGAGCGAGGGCGGCAGAGAGAGAAAGUAAUCAUGCAAGGGAUGAAAUAGGACAUCCAGUGAAGGGGCAAAUAACUGUCCAGUCCCUGUAGACUGGAAACCACCAGCCCAGGGAUGGGGCGGGGAGGGUUGCAGCAGUUACAAGCCUGGAAAGGCCACUCAGCAGUUCAAACCCUUACAUGUUGGUCUGUCCCCAGCACCCACAUGGUGGCUCACAACCAUGUGUAAUUCUGGUCCCAGGGGUUCUGAUGCCUCUUCUGACCCCCAUCAGCUCCUGCACACAUGUGGAACACAUACAUGUACUCAGGAAUACAUACAUACAUAUGAAAUAAAGUAACUUUUGAGACAGGAUCUGGAGUAGUCCUGGUUGUCCUGGAACUUUCUAGGUAGACUAGACUGACUUCAAACUCACAGAGAUCCACCUGCCUCUGCUUCCCUUGUGCUGGGAUUAAAGGCCACUACACCCAACUAUAGAUAGUUUUUUACAAUUAAAAUUGCAACUUUUUUGCCUGCUGUCUUCCAACCUAUAAGCAAUAGAUGGAGUUUAUAACCAUGGGAAACAAAACAUCCUGACGGUCUUCAUAUUUCCCACCUAGUUUUAGUACCCACAGAUGAUUCUUUUUUAAUUUUUUAUUCUUUUUUGUUUUAUUUAUUUAUUUUUUAAAAGAUUUAUUUAUUUAUCUAUCUAUUUAUUGUGUAUACAACAUUCGGCUUCCAUGUAUGCCCACACACUAGAAGAGAGCGCCAAAUCUCAUUACAGAUGGUUGUGAGCCACCAUGUGGUUGCUGGGAAUUGAACUCAUGACCUUUGGAAGAGCAGCCAGUGCUCUUAACCACCAAGCCAUCUCUCCAGCCCCACUUUUUGGUUUUUCGAGAUGGGGUUUUUCUGUGUAGCCCUAGCUGUCCUGGAACUCGCUCUUUAGACCAGGCUGGCCUUGAACUCCGAGAUCCGACUGCCUCUGCCUUCAGAGUGCUGGGAUUCAAGGUGUGCGCCAACACUGCCCGGUUCCAGGGAUGAUUCUUAGCUGAUACAAUUUUUGCCGAGACAACUGAAAAAAAAUAUAAACUUUCGAUUUUCACGUGUAAGUCUAAAACUUGAUACUAAGUUUACACGCGGUACAGACCUGAUUCUGUUACUUUUCCUUCCUGAGUGUUUAGCUAAGUAGCCCUGGCUGUCUGGAAGCAGCGCAGAUCCCACCGAGAGAGGCGCAGAAGGGACUCUCAACCUCCAUCAGCCCGCCCCUCUCUGCUUGAUUAAAAGAUCCUAAUCGGCUUGAGGAGAUUAAGGGCUCCAACGGGCUGUUCCCACACCCCCGCCCUGGGCUGGGCUGCCAGGGGAGACCGAAGGGGCAUCGACCCUGUGACCCCUUAGCCAGGCCCCAGCCCGGGACUACCCGAAGAAGGCAAUGACCGCGUGGCUCCUGCCAGCGAGUGGGCUUCCCGACGCCGGGUCCUGCGUCCCUGUGUGGCAGACCUCGUCCAGUCUUUCUCGGGUCCUGUGCUGGUCAGGUUCUCGGCUGCCCGGACUCCUGCUCCUGUUACUGCUCCCGCCGCCUGCUGCCCUCUCGGCCGUGUUCAAAGUGGGGGUCCUGGGCCCCUGGGCUUGCGACCCCAUCUUUGCCCGGGCCCGCCCUGAUCUGGCUGCGCGUCUGGCCGCUGACCGCCUGAACCGUGACCUUGCCCUAGACGGCGGCCCCCGGUUCGAGGUUGCACUGCUGCCGGAGCCCUGCCUGACCCCGGGCUCUCUAGGGGCUGUGUCCGCUGCGCUGUCUCGAGUCUCUGGUCUGGUGGGUCCAGUGAACCCCGCAGCCUGCCGGCCAGCCGAACUACUAGCCCAGGAGGCUGGAGUAGCGCUGGUGCCCUGGGGCUGCCCAGGCACGCGAGCGGCGGGUACUACAGCCCCGGCGGUGACCCCCGCUGCAGAUGCUCUCUAUGUCCUCCUUCGAGCAUUCCGCUGGGCGCGCGUGGCCCUCAUCACUGCGCCCCAGGACCUGUGGGUGGAGGCGGGACGUGCUCUGUCCACAGCACUCAGGGCCCGGGGCUUGCCAGUUGCCCUAGUAACCUCCAUGGAGCCCUCAGACCUGUCUGGAGCUAGGGAGGCUCUCAGGAGGAUCCGGGACGGGCCUAGAGUGAGAGUAGUGAUCAUGGUGAUGCACUCGGUGCUGCUGGGCGGCGAGGAGCAGCGCUACCUACUGGAAGCUGCAGAAGAGCUGGGCCUAGCUGAUGGCUCUUUGGUCUUCCUGCCCUUCGACACUCUUCACUAUGCGUUGUCUCCAGGCCCGGAGACUCUGGCUCCACUUGUCAACAGCUCCCAGCUUCGCAGGGCACACGAUGCUGUGCUCACACUCACGCGCCACUGUCCUCCGGGAGGCAGCGUGCAGGACAGCCUGCGCAGGGCCCAAGAGCACCAGGAGCUGCCCGCUGACCUCAACCUGCAGCAGGUCUCCCCACUGUUCGGAACCAUCUACGACGCUGUCUUCCUAUUGGCUGGGGGAGUGACGAGAGCCAGAGCAGCUGUGGGUGGUGGCUGGGUGUCAGGCGCAUCUGUGGCCCGCCAAGUUCAGGAAGCCCAAGUCUCUGGCUUUUGCGGGGACCUGGGAAGAACCGAGGAGCCCUCCUUUGUGCUGCUGGACACAGAUGCAUCAGGAGACCGGCUCUUCACCACACACCUGCUGGAUCCCAUCCGAGGCUCCCUGCUCCCUGCUGGGCCCCCGGUGCACUUCCCGAGAGGUGGACCUGCACCCGGGCCAGAUCCUUCCUGCUGGUUCAAUCCAGAUGUGAUCUGCAAUGGAGGAGUGGAGCCAGGCCUGGUCUUUGUUGGCUUCCUCCUGGUGAUAGGGAUGGGACUGACUGGAGCCCUCCUGGCUCAUUACUUGAGACACCGACUUCUACAUAUACAAAUGGUCUCGGGCCCCAACAAGAUCAUCCUGACUCUGGAAGAUGUUACCUUGCUCCACCCACAGGGGGGCAGCUCUCGGAAGAUGGCCCAGGGCAGUAGAUCCAGUCUGGCUACCCGGAGCACAUCAGACAUCCGCAGUGUCCCCAGCCAGACCCCAGAGAACACCAACAUUGGCCUCUAUGAGGGAGACUGGGUUUGGCUGAAGAAAUUUCCAGGGGAUCGCCAUAUGGCUAUCCGCCCAGCCACCAAGACAGCCUUCUCCAAGCUGCGGGAGCUCCGGCAUGAGAAUGUGGCCCUCUACCUGGGGCUCUUCCUGGCAGGGACAGCAGACAGCCCUGCCACCCCUGGGGAGGGCAUCUUGGCUGUGGUCUCAGAGCACUGUACGCGGGGCUCCCUCCAUGACCUCCUGGCCCAGAGAGACAUAAAGCUGGACUGGAUGUUCAAGUCUUCCCUCCUGCUGGACCUCAUCAAGGGAAUGAGAUACCUGCACCAUCGCGGUGUGGCCCACGGGAGGCUUAAGUCUAGGAACUGCGUGGUGGACGGGAGGUUCGUGCUCAAGGUGACAGAUCAUGGCCACGGGCGACUGCUGGAAGCGCAAAGGGUGUUGCCUGAGCCUCCCAGUGCGGAGGAUCAACUUUGGACAGCCCCAGAGCUGCUUCGGGACCCUGCCCUGGAGCGACGGGGAACACUAGCUGGCGAUGUCUUUAGCCUGGGCAUCAUCAUGCAGGAGGUCGUGUGCCGCAGCACCCCCUAUGCCAUGCUGGAGCUAACACCCGAGGAGGUGAUACAGAGGGUGCAGAACCCUCCUCCACUGUGUCGGCCCUUGGUGUCAAUGGACCAGGCACCCAUGGAGUGCAUUCGGCUGAUGGCACAGUGCUGGGCAGAGCAGCCAGAGCUUCGGCCCUCCAUGGACCACACCUUUGACCUGUUCAAGAGCAUCAACAAGGGCCGGAAGAUGAACAUCAUUGACUCUAUGCUCCGGAUGCUGGAGCAAUACUCCAGUAACCUGGAGGACCUGAUUCGAGAGCGCACAGAGGAGUUAGAACAGGAGAAGCAGAAGACAGACAGGCUGCUCACACAGAUGCUGCCUCCAUCUGUGGCUGAGGCCCUGAAGAUGGGGACACCUGUGGAGCCUGAGUACUUUGAGGAGGUGACACUAUACUUCAGUGACAUUGUGGGCUUCACCACCAUUUCGGCCAUGAGUGAGCCCAUCGAGGUGGUGGACCUACUUAAUGACCUCUAUACCCUCUUCGAUGCCAUCAUUGGUGCCCACGAUGUCUACAAGGUGGAAACAAUUGGAGAUGCCUAUAUGGUGGCCUCAGGGCUGCCACAAAGGAAUGGGCAGCGGCAUGCUGCAGAGAUUGCCAACAUGUCACUAGACAUCCUCAGCGCUGUAGGUUCUUUCCGCAUGCGCCAUAUGCCUGAGGUACCAGUGCGCAUUCGCAUUGGUCUGCACUCAGGCCCGUGCGUGGCUGGUGUGGUGGGCCUCACCAUGCCUCGGUACUGCCUGUUUGGGGACACAGUCAACACAGCCUCACGAAUGGAGUCCACCGGACUGCCUUACCGCAUCCACGUGAACAUGAGCACUGUUCGGAUUCUUUGUGCCCUGGACCAGGGCUUCCAGAUGGAGUGUCGAGGCCGCACAGAGCUGAAGGGCAAGGGUGCUGAGGACACGUACUGGCUUGUGGGCAGACUGGGUUUCAACAAGCCCAUCCCCAAACCACCGGAUCUGCAACCAGGGGCCAGCAACCAUGGCAUCAGCCUGCAGGAGAUUCCCCCAGAGAGGCGCAGGAAGCUAGAGAAAGCCAGACCAGGCCAAUUCACUGGGAAGUGAAGUUCCCCGGAGACAGCUGCUUCCCUCAGGAUUAUUCUGCACAACCCUUCCUGAAGUUGCUGCUGUACAUCGAACUGACGCCUGACAUCGGCUUAAAUGUUGGCUUCUGUCCAGUUCCGCCUGCAAGGGUUUUGAGCCCGGAGUCUGCUGCAAACCAACUAGUGACCUUGGGAAGAUCUGAAGUGCUCUCCAGACCCCCCUCAGGGAUAGAAUGAGGGGGGCUAAACGGUUUCUACCACCAUGUGGCCCUUACAGUGAGGCUUUAGAGUGGCUGGCCUUGGGAUUCAGGACACUGUGGCAUACGACCCCCAGCUCCAAGGACCCUGGGCUCAUUGAGGGUUGCUCCACUCUCUAGGUCCUGGGAGACCCCAGAAGUAAGGAUCUGGUGUCAGAAACACCGGGGGACCUGGAGGCCUCGUGUUCUACCAGGGCAGGGGUCACCAUGUGGCCUGGAAAGACCGGGGCUCCUUUAGCCUUCAUCCUAUCCCCUCUCCAUCACCCACUGGUCAGAGACAGGGUCCUUUUCCAAUAGGCAGAAGCAAAUCACUUGCCCAAGUGCAGAGAAAACUUGUUUUGAUGCUGUGGGGGAGGAAAACCAGCUGCACCCAAACGUUGCUAACCAGAAUGGCAGAUGAAUAGUUAUCUGUUCAGGUGUUGGUUAAUUGAUAGUUGAAAACAAUCAUUUCUCCUGAGAUCUUUGCCACAAACAUUCACACCGAGUCCUGGCAAAACCCCAGCUGAAGUUUCCUUUGUAGAACCCUGGGGUGCCAGCGCCUGGGCUUUGGCAUGUUAGACUCUUGCUGUCUCUGUCAUUGGCACAGAUUCUGAAAGAUUUGGCAGUAGACACCCAGUAGGUAGUGAGUACCCAGGACCUGGUGGUGUGCAAACUCUGUGUGCAUGCAUGCGUGAGUGCGUGCAUGUGUGUGUUUGUGGAGUGUGCACGUGCAUGCUGGGGGAUGAGGGGCAGGUGUGGUAGCACAUACACCGACAGGCAGAGGCAGGUGGAUCUCUCAGAAUUUGAAGGCAGCUCAGUAUACAUAGUGAGCUCCAGGCUAGCCAGGGCUGCCUGUAAGAACCUGUCUCAAUAACACAACUGUGUAUAGUUAUAUAUGGAAUAGAUAAGCUAGGGCUACAGAGAUAGCUCAGUAGUUAAGAGCACUUGUUGAUCUUCCAGAGGAUCCAGGUUGGAUUCCCAAGACCCACAGAGAGGCUAAUAAAGGUCUGUAACUCCAGUUCUAGGGGAUCUGACACCCUCUUCUGGCCUCUGCAGGGACUGGUAAUGUACGUGGUGCACAGACACACAUGCAGGCAAAACACCUACACACAUAAAAUAACUUUUAAAAUAAAUCUAAAACAUUUUUAACUUUCUUUAAAAAAAAUUUUUUUUAAAACCCACAUAGUUACCCCUGAGUAAUCUAUAAGGUACCAAUUCAAGGACUCUGGUGGACACCAAAGUCCUUGACUCUCAAGUCCCUUGUCUAAGACAUAACUUUUUAUAUAGUACCUGUGUACUUUAAGUAAUUUCUAGAUGAUCUGUACUACACAUGGUAGAGAAUAAUGACAGGAAAAAAUAGUACAUGUUCAUUGCAGAUACCUUCCUAGGCCUCCCUGCACAGCACACAUCCAUGGUGAUGGUGCCGACACAAAAACCACAGUCUCGUCAUAAGGGAGUAAGAGAGAGCUAUUGUGGGCCCUUCUGAGUGACCAUGGCCUAGGAACACAGAUUUCAGUUACCCCAAAUUCCAUGCUCCAACAUAGAAGCAGUUCCUUAGGGUUUUUACAGAAAGGAGAGAGUCAUAAAUCAAGGCGACUCUAAAACACAUUGGCGGCUUCAGUGAGGUGGGAAGAGCUGGUCUAUGUGCCCAAGAUGCUACUUCACGGCAUUCUUGGCUCUUGGAUUGGUGGAAGCUAGCGCUCUGCUAAAUUUACAGUUUCUAGAAAGUUUCUAUUUAUUACCACAAGGUUAGUUCGGAUACAGAGCGGGGCAAGGAAUGGCUGUUCCAGAGACUGGAAGUAGCUCAAGGUAAAGUAAUUCCCCUCUGCACCUACAAAAUUCCAUUCUCUCCACGUAGUGAAUUCCAAUCCAUCUGUCAGUCUCUGUGGACACACACUCCUUCUCGGAGUUUCCUGGUCACAGGAAGAUAAGUUCAGGGAUUUUGGUUCAGAGUUGAAUCCGUGGACGUGGCAUGGGAAAAUACAAAGGGCCGACUCUACCAGACUCCCCCACUCCCCCCCCCCCCCCCCCCCCCCCCCCCCCCCCCCCCCCCCCCCCCCCCGUCUCCUGAAUGGGAAAAGCACCACAUGGGGCUUGCAUUGCCCCCUUGGCUGCAGCCACUUUAAUCCAGGGCAUCGCCCUCCAGUCCUCAUGGUCCUCACACUCACCACUAACUGCAAACACCAAGCUUUAUUUUGAGAGCACCGCUGCCUGGCAUCUGUAGACAUUAAGCCUAGGAUGUUAAGAUCACAGCUACUUCUAGAGCCUGCUUUUUCCUCCUCUUCCUCCUUUUAGUACUGAUGAAUGGCUUCCUCCCCCUUCCCAAUGGCAUUUUUAUUUUUUUUAGGUAAAUGCAGCACUUUCAGUUCUGGUUAGCUAAGUGGUGCUGCUGUAGGCUGUUAAUACAAUUUUAAAAUUUUAACUAUGUUUAUAAAUGAUGAGUUAACGUUGAAAGCAAAGCAAAAAAGAUACAAUGUGCACACUUGCACAAUCAUUUAAAAAUAUAUUUACAUUAUUAAACAUCUUUUAUAAACGUUUUCUCUGUACUUGGGUCCCAGAGUUGAAGGGCAGAUUCCAAAUUGCUGGCCUUGGACCUGACUGGGGAUGAGUUCUCAAAGAUCCCGUCCUUCCUUCCCUCCUGUUCUCUCCCACUCUUCCUCCCCUUCCUGUCUGGGAUCUGGAGUCGCUACUAGUGUGUAAUUCAGGAAUUCCCGAGGAAGAGUCACCCUGGGUUAGGUGCUGGGAGACUAGCCUGGGCAGGCUGGGGCAGGGCAGCCCAGGAAAAGGGAAGGAUGAACUGAGGGCCAUACUUAACCUGAGGAUAAAGGAGGAGUGGGCAAGGUUCACAGGUCCCUUGGCUCCUUUGACUUAGCAUCCUUUCCAGACUGGCUGGUAGUGGUCUCAGAUGACUAGAUGAGGUAGGGUGAGGGUGUGGGCCCUUGCUCCAGAGUUCAGAGGCAGUGGGAGAAGGGAAGAAAGGCUGAAAGGCUCCUCCCAAACCUCUCUGUCCUUCACUUUUCUCCAUUUCCCCGUCCCCGUCUUUGUCCCUGUUCUUCUCUUCUCUAUCCUAGAGCCCUCUUGCCCCGUUUCUCCCUGCCUUUCUCUGCAACGUCCCUCACUUCUGAGGACCACCCCCCCCCCCAGGUCUAGGUUAUGAACUGCCAACCUUAGAGUCCUGACUCAAACACUCCCUGCCUCUCAUUCUGUUGUCCCAGGACCCAGGCAGCUCCCAGCCACUAAAGCACCUGACACUGUCGCUGGGCACCCCACACAUUCAGAUGUCCUUACACUACCUCGGCCAGUCGGCCUGCCCGGAAGCCCACACUUGGGGCUGUUCUUGCCUCCGGGAUGGCUCUGUAGAUGGAACCUGCCAUAGCCAAAGCAGGAACUUCCCCCAGCUGCUGCUCGGAUGCCGAGACAUGCCCAGGGCUCCCGGGCGCCUUUCCUGUGUACUGAUGUUUCAGUCUGGGUCCUGCUUUCUUGCUUAUCUGCGGUGAGCUGCACCUUGGCAAGGGCUUGUAACACAACA